AAUAACUUCUUAACAGGCUGAAAGUUGGUCUUCAAGUUGUGGCAGUCAAAGCUCCGGGUUUUGGUGACAAUAGAAAGAACCAGCUUAAAGACAUGGCUAUUGCUACUGGUGGUGCAGUAUUUGGAGAAGAAGGACUAAAUCUAAAUCUUGAAGAUGUUCAGCCUCAUGACCUAGGGAAAGUUGGGGAGGUCAUUGUGACCAAAGACGAUGCCAUGCUCUUGAAAGGAAAAGGAGACAAGGCUCAGAUUGAGAAGCGUAUCCAAGAGAUAAUUGAGCAGUUAGACGUCACAACUAGCGAAUAUGAAAAGGAAAAACUGAAUGAACGUCUGGCAAAACUCUCAGAUGGUGUUGCUGUGUUGAAGGUUGGUGGGACAAGUGAUGUUGAAGUGAAUGAAAAGAAAGACAGAGUUACAGAUGCCCUUAAUGCUACCCGAGCUGCUGUUGAAGAAGGCAUUGUUCUGGGAGGGGGCUGUGCCCUGCUUCGGUGCAUUCCAGCCUUGGAGUCAAUAACUCCAGCUAAUGAAGAUCAAAAAACAGGUAUAGAAAUAAUUAAAAAAACACUAAAAAUUCCUGCAAUGACUAUUGCUAAGAAUGCAGGUGUUGAAGGAUCAUUGAUAGUUGAGAAAAUUAUGCAGAGUUCUUCAGAAGUCGGUUAUGAUGCUAUGCUUGGAGAUUUUGUGAAUAUGGUGGAAAAAGGAAUCAUUGAUCCAACUAAGGUUGUAAGAACUGCAUUACUGGAUGCUGCCGGAGUGGCCUCUCUCUUAACAACAGCAGAAGUUGUAGUCACAGAGAUUCCUAAAGAAGAGAAGGAUCCUGGAAUGGGUGGCAUGGGUGGAAUGGGAGGUGGUAUGGGAGGUGGCAUGUUCUAAUUCUAGAAUAGUGCUUUGCCAUUAUUAAUGAACUGUGAGAGGAAGUUCAAGGCAGUGUUCCUCACCAAGAAUUUCAGGAGAGGUCAGUUGAAGGAGAUGACUGAAGAAAAGGCUGGCUGAUGUUUAAGAAAAUAACUAUAACCAUCAGUUACUGGUUUCAGUUGACAAUAUAGAAUGGUUUACUGCUGUCAUUGUCCAUGCCUACAGAUAAUUUAUUUUGUAUUUUUAAAUAAAGACAUUUGUACAUUCCUGAUAAAUGAGCUUACGAGCCAUGUACCAAUGUACUGCUUUCAACUUAAAUCACUGAGGCAUUUUUACUACUAUUCUGUUAAAAUCAGGAUUUUAGUGCUUGCUGUCACCAGAUGAGAAGUUAAGAAGCAGCCUUUCUGUGGAGAGUAAGAACAAUUGUGUACAGAGUAGAGAAAUAUCCAAUUAUGUGACAACCUUUGUGUAAUAAAAAUUGUUUAAAGUUAA